UCGGACUCAACUGGGUCUCUAGGCCACGCAUACCUCAUGGGUGGUUUGAUGCUAGAUGAACGCCGGGUUCUUGCUGACCUGUGGUACAUCGAACUCCAAGCGUCUUCAGCGCUUCGCUGCAUCCCCAUCGCUGCGUCGGCCCGCAAACCCAGUGCCCGUGUAGAGCACUGCUGUGUUCUCGCCGGCAAUGCUCUGUGUCUGUGGGGAGGUAAUGCCAUGAUCGAAGAAACGGACACUCUGAACAACCUGUACAUGAUGAACCGAGGCGAGCGACUCUCAUCCCUGUGUGUGUACCCAUUCAUGUCAGGGCUACUAACCAAGGGAAACAGAAACAUGCCACCGUGGGUACAGCCGAAACCCUCAGAUGACGAGAGGUCAGCACCACCGCCGAGAACCAACCACAGCACUGUGGUGGAAUACUAAGAUGCAUAUCUUCGGCGGCACCGACGGCUACACCUGGUACAACGAUAUGUGGAGCUACGAGCCUGUAACCAACAGAUGGGAACACAUACCCACUGAUACCAGGCACUGGAAAAGACCGACCAGACGCGAGGGUCACACGGCAGCUGUGGGGGGAAACAAGAUGCGUGUGUUUGGUGGACGAUCAGAGAUGGGCGAGGAUCUCAAGGACUUUUGGAUCUUUGACAUGGCGGAGCGUCGCUGGCGUGACUCGCUCCAAAACAUGGACGGUCUUCCUUCGCCCCGCAGCGGUCACUCCAUGGUUGUCAUCGGGAAGCACAUAGUUGUACUGGGGGGAGAGCCGAGUUCGAGUAAGCAUGCUAACCGGGAAGAGCUCGCCUUGGACUAUGUACUCGACACGACGAAAUCUCAAACACCGUAAAACAUCUUUGAGACCCUCUUACCCAGCCCCCUUGAAGAAACAACUGUGGUAAGUACCACGCCGAAUAUGGCGUUGCAAAAACACCCAGAAUAGAGCCAAAUCUUCGUGGGGUGACUGCGAAGCUGGUUAGGUGGUGCAUGAUGGUAUGUAGAACCAUGCUUCUCGAAUAAACUUGAACC